AUGUCUCAGGACUCGACGCUAGAUCCCCUCGUAAUAUCUUUGAAUACCCUUCUCUCCAACCUCGAUCUCCCAUUUGCCCUGGAAUCUCCCCUCGACCUCACCCCGUCACUUCUCCUCGCCAUCCUCGAGUCUAUCCUCGAGUCUCGCCUGCCCAUCUCACAGGCUAUCCGCGAGUCGCGCGAGUUAGCUUCAAAGGUACAAGCGAUGAAGAUUUUCCUGGGCGUCAUGGAGAGCGACGUGAUCCGGCUGGACGUCGGGCUCAGCGACGUCGACCCGCGGCGUCUUGCCGUGGGUGAACCGGAGGAGGUUGUCUUUGUCGGGGAGUUGCUGUACUGGCUCGGCAAGAAGAUGGGGCUCUGUCACGACGCGGACGGCAUGGAGAGCGAGAUGCCCCCCGAGAAAGCAGAGUUCGUGCAGGGGAGUGCGAUGCGCAGCGGUGGUAGUACCAGCAGUGGCAGUGGGGCGGGGCGCAUCUUGUCGCCCUCCACGCACUCGACGCUCACGAACAGCAUGAACAGCGCGCUCUCUGUUGACGGCGCGGACGAGGAAUCAAACACCACUAUUACUUCUGUUGCCAGCGACGCGUCACAGCCGCGGCGUAGUACAUCUUCUGCUGCGUCUUCACUUGGACGCGGGCAGUCCUCACGGCUCCCUCUCUGCAUCCAUGAGAUUGAAGAUCCUUCAUUCCUCUUGUCUGCGGAAGCGGAUAUAUUUGAGAGCGAAUCCGAACCCGAACCCGAUGAAGACAUUAGCAACCUAUUCGCUCCCGACGCGGCGUCAUUCCUCGCAUGUAAUGACCCUGACGACCCAUUUUCCUCCCCACAUCGCGCGGGUCAUUCUGUCAGAUACAACGGGUACAUCGAGGAGGUGGACAAUGAGCUCGAGGUGGAGGAGUUCGAAGCCAGUCGCCGACAGCGUCGGCGGUCCGGCGACGAUUCACAAUUGAUGAGCAACAUCGGGAUAGCGGCGUCGCGUCAUACCCUUGCCCUGCUAAACGAGCGCGCACGGUUGUUAUCUGAGCUGGCAAAAUUCAAUCGCUAG